UCUGCGCAGCUUGCCGAAAGAGCAACCAAAUGCACAAUUUUUAUCAAAAAUCUUGCCAUAAUUAACAAAGGCAACAACCAUGGUGACAGUUGAGGAGUUGUAUCAAAAGUUUGGUGUGUUAGCUGAUGCUAAAGACAAAGCUGGAGAGCAUGAAGCAGAAUUUCUGUACAUCAUCAGUGCCGUUAAGGGAGGCCCAGGAGAAAAAAGGCUGGCUUCACAGUUUGUGACACGAUUCUUCAAGUUCUUCCCAACCCUGGCAUACCAGGCUAUAAAUGCUUUGUUUGACCUAUGUGAAGAUGAUGAUAUUAUGAUAAGAAAGCAAGCUAUCAAGGAUCUGCCAAGUCUGUGUAAAGUGAAUGCCGAUCACGUUCCGAAGAUAGCGGAAGCCCUGACGCAGCUCCUACAGUGUGAUGACCAGACAGAGCUCAGUCUCAUUCACUCAUCGAUUAAUUCCCUAUUCACUAUGAACGCUAAAGGAACAUUACAUGGUGUGUUUACACAAGUUCACGGGGAAGAUGAUGGGGUGAGAGAGAAAGCCAUCAAGUUCCUGUUUGUAAAUCUCCGAAAGCUGCCGGAGGACACAAUGAACAAAGAUGCCCAGGAUUAUCUGGUGGAGGAGUGUAAAAAGGUUCUUCAAGAUGUUACAAAGGAAGAGUUCAUAUUCAUCAUGGAGAUACUGAAGUCAGUUCCCAGUAUGAACACAGUGAUAGGCAGAUCACAGCUGCUGCAAAUCGUCACAGAACAGGCUGAACUAGACCAAGAUUUUCAGCCAACAGAUUCAGAUGUUGUAGACAGAUUGAUGUCGUGUGCAAAGCAGGCAGCUCCUCUGUUUUCUAAAAACGUGCAUUCAAAAGGUUUUGUGUUGUACAUUUGCAAUAAAGUGUUACCUGGACUACAGAAAUUGUCCUCAAGCGAGGAGGGCAGUGACGUGAAAUUGGACAUGUUAAAAUUGCUUGCUGAGAUCUCAGACUAUAACGGACUUACCCCAGAAGAGUGUAAAACACCCAUUGAGAAUGUGUUCAACAGUUUGAUAGAGUACAUGCCUGAGCCCCCAGCAGACCUUGAAACAACCACAAGCCCCAACGAGGAGCCCAAACUGCAGUUCUCGUACGUUGAAUGUCUCAUGUACAUUUUUCACCAGCUCGGUAGGAAAUACCCAGAGUUUCUCACUCAAGACGAGGCUGCAGACAGAUUAAAAGACUUCAGAAUCAGACUACAGUAUUUUGCCAGAGGCGUACAGAUCUACAUCAAACAGCUGCGGCAGGAUUUGCAGGGCAAAACAGGGGAUGCCCUUAAAACAGAAGAGAGCAAGCUUAAAGUAUGUGCGUUGAAGGUCACAUCCAAUAUCAACAGCCUUAUAAAGGACCUCUUUCACAAUCCACCAGCAUACAAGUGUAUUGUCACACUCUCAUGGAAACCACCUGUAAAAACCCAACAUUCAUCUGGCGCCACAAAUACCAAUCAACCAGGGCAAAAGAGAUACACACCAAUCACCUAUGAGGGUUCAGAAAAUGGCUCGUCACACGCGAAAAAGAUGAACCGGGAAUCUCGACAGCUUUAUUCUCCACCAAGCGGGAAAUUCAGCGAAAAGGCGGGAACUUACAGCGGUCCUGUUGAGGGAGGGGAUGGUGCAAGAGGGGGUGGGUCAAGAGGAGGCAGGUGGCGGGGUCGAGGGAGGGGUUUUAGAGGGGGAGGGCGUGGCAGAAGAUUUUAACAGGGAGCUCUUUAUUUUGAAGGUAAACUUUGGGAAGGAAUUCAGAAAGUAAGGGAGACAAUUCAGGGUUGAAAAUUGAUGGACUUGGUUUUUCUUUUAAGGAAACUGUGAGUGAUUCUGAUUAUUUUAAUAAAGAAAAGUUUUAGUAACUUACUUUGUAAUUUUGUUAGUCUUUAUAAUCUGAAUUGUUUAAAGAGUGAUAAUUUUAUCAAAGCAAAACUUACUUGUUUUAUGAGUAACCUACUUUUGAAACUCUGUUAGUCAUCAAAUGGCAGCUGUACUUUGAAAUGGUCACUUUAUAGACUUAUUGAAAAUAUUAGUGCAUGUUAUAUAGGUUACCACUCAUUAAAACAGCUAUGUAUAAUUCAUAGGUGCAAAAUACACAAAGGCUACAAAUGCAAAAUGUAGCAGAAAUCAUGGGGAGAAGUCGAUAGUUCAUAAUGUUACAUUACUGUUGUACAUUUAAGCACUUUACACAAUCAUGUCAUUUAUCUUGUUUUGUGCAUUUUGACCAAUAUGAAAUAAAUUUUACUAUAGAA